UGGCGGUCACCAAGCUAUGACUACUACUAGAUCUACAACACGAUUAUACGUCGAUUCAGUCGAUUAUCUGUCGACCUCUGCCACCGAAAUGCCAUACGAAGAAGUGCCCCUCAGUAAUCUUAAAUCGAACGGUUACAAGAAGCUCCGAAACAAGGCGAAUUUGCGGGCAAGUCCUGAAGACGAACCGGGAUACGGAUCGACCGACGAUGCUCCGUUAAUGGUAGACGAGGUUGAUGAUGAUUUUGACGAUGAUCGUGGUCUCUCCGAGGGCUAUCAGUCGUCAGAUAGCGGAGAUAAGGACAGGAGAAAAGGGAAAAAUAAACGGAAGAAGGAGGGGUGCUGUAAGCGUUGUUGGAAGUUCUGCUGUUGCUGUGGGUUUUUAUCGUCUUUUCGAAGUUGUUUUGACAGUCUGAUGGGAAAAAUUGAAAUGAAGCCAAGGACAGUUGUUUUAGGAAGAGAGUCUGCAACUCAGAAGUUCCCUCGUAAUGUCAUUUGUAAUCAGAAAUACAAUAUCAUAACUUUCAUUCCUCUGACCUUAUACAACCAGUUCAAGUUUUUCCUGAACUUGUACUUUCUUAUGGUAGCCUCUACUCAGUUUAUUCCUGAACUGCGGAUUGGUUAUCUGUAUACAUACUGGGCUCCACUGGGUUUUGUUGUGUUUGUGACAAUGUGUCGUGAGGCAUAUGAUGACUUUGUUAGAUUCAGAAGAGACAGAGAGGUCAAUUCACAAAAAUAUAAGAAACUCACUAAGAAAGGUGUUGUUACCAUUCCAAGCUCAGCCAUUAAGGUAUCAGACCUUAUCAUAGUCGAGAAGGAUCAAAGAGUUCCUGCUGACAUGGUGUUUCUUAGAACUUCAGAAAAGAAUGGAGCUUGUUUUCUAAGAACAGACCAAAUGGAUGGGGAAACUGACUGGAAGCUGCGUUUGACUGUAGAACCAUGUCAGCGACUGCCUUGUGAUGCUGAUUUGCUGAAUAUCAGUGCUUCUGUUUAUGCAGAGAAACCUCAGAAGGACAUUCAUAGUUUUGUUGGAACCUUUACAAGGUAUGAUGGAGAGAGGAAUGAAACUCCCCUGAGUAUCGAAAAUACCAUGUGGGCCAACACUGUGAUUGCAUCAGGUACUGCUGUGGGUUUAGUGAUUUAUACUGGGUCCGAGACAAGAAGCGUGAUGAAUACCUCAAACCCCGCGACAAAGGUUGGGCUUAUUGAUAAGGAAGUAAAUAAUCUGACCAAACUGUUGUUUGUGGCUACUGUCAGCCUUUCCUUCGUCAUGGUAUCAGUUAAGGGCUACAAUGGACCUUGGUAUCGCUAUUUCUUGCGUUUCAUCUUGUUGUUUUCCUACAUAAUUCCGUUAAGUCUCCGUGUCAGUCUGGACUUGGGUAAAGUUGUAUACUCGUGGAUGAUGAUGCACGACAAAGACAUCCCCGGGACAGUCGUGCGUAGCAGCACUAUCCCAGAGGAACUGGGGCGAAUAGGCUAUCUAUUGUCUGAUAAGACAGGAACGCUGACUGAAAAUGAAAUGGUUUUCAAACGUCUUCACUUGGGAACAGUAUCGUUUGGCACAGAUUCUAUGGAAGAGGUUACAAGCCAUGUGAAGACUUCUUAUGCACGCAGUAGUGGACCCACGUCCAAAAAACCUGUGCAAGGAGCGAAGGUGCGUCGCACGGUUGUCACGCGUACUCACGAAGCUGUCAAGGCACUUGCGUUAUGCCACAAUGUCACGCCAGUUACGGACGAGACCGAAAACAGCCGCCAGAGUGCUAGAGUGCGUUUGGAUAGCGUGACCAGCGAAGACAGUGACUUAGAUGGAGGGGCUGCUAGGGAUGAAACAGAUGUGAAAUAUCAGGCAUCCAGUCCAGAUGAGGUUGCCUUGGUCACGUGGACGGAGAGCGUUGGACUGACACUGGUUCAUAGAGAUUUGUCGAGCAUGCACCUGAAGACUCCAUAUGGUCAGAUACUCGUGUUUAACAUCCUGCAGAUUUUUCCAUUCACUUCAGAAACCAAACGGAUGGGUAUUAUUCUCAGGGAUACGGCGACGGGAGAAAUAACCUUCUACAUGAAAGGCGCAGACACAGUCAUGAGUUCCAUUGUACAAUAUAACGACUGGCUUGAAGAGGAGUGCGGUAACAUGGCACGUGAAGGCCUCAGAACUCUUGUGGUUGCCAAGAAAGUCCUGACUGAAGAACAGUAUCAAGACUUUGAGCACCGAUACAAUCAAGCCAAACUAAACAUUUCUGACCGAGCAUCGAAGGUUAUGGAUGUGCAAAGAAGUUUAGAGCACGACUUAGAGUUACUCUGUUUAACCGGAGUCGAGGAUAAACUGCAGGUUGAUGUUCGUCCUACCCUUGAGAUGCUUCGGAAUGCUGGCGUCAAGAUAUGGAUGUUAACAGGCGACAAACUGGAGACAGCCACUUGUAUCGCCCAGAGUUCACGGCUUGUAGCGAGAAAUCAAACUAUCUAUACAUUUAAACAGAUAAGCAAUCGUUCUGAAGCACAUUUGGAGCUCAAUUCAUUAAGGAGAAAGAAUGACUGCGCGUUGAUAAUCAAAGGAGAUUCUUUGGAGGUCUGUAUACAUCAUUACGAGCAAGAGUUCAUGGAACUGGCCUGUCAGUGUCCUGUUGUGGUGUGUUGCCGCUGCUCACCUCAACAGAAGGCGGAUAUAGUCAGAUUACUCAAGAAACAUACCGGCAAGAGGACAUGCGCAAUAGGCGACGGCGGAAAUGACGUCAGUAUGAUCCAGGCAGCGGAUGCCGGAGUGGGCAUCGAAGGAAAAGAAGGCCGACAAGCCUCUCUUGCAGCGGAUUUCUCCAUUUCACAGUUUAGAUAUGUUGGAAGAUUGUUGGUGUGGCAUGGUCGAAACAGUUACAAGCGAUCGGCAGCUCUAAGUCAAUUUGUGAUUCACAGAGGCCUGAUCAUCUCUGUGAUGCAGGCAGUUUUUUCUAGUGUGUUUUAUUUUGCGUCAGUCUCGCUUUUCUCGGGAUAUUUGAUGAUUGGGUACGGUACCGUAUAUACUAUGUUUCCAGUAUUUUCUCUUGUGUUGGACGAAGAUGUCCCAUCUGACAUCGCAUUAAUCUACCCCGAGCUAUACAAGGAUUUAGCAAAGGGAAGGUCACUUUCGUACAAGACUUUCUUUAUUUGGGUUCUGAUCAGUAUAUACCAAGGUGGCAUCAUUAUGUUCGGCGGCAUUCUUCUGUUCGAUCAGGAAUUCAUCCAUGUUGUGACCAUUACCUUCACUGCACUCAUUCUCACCGAGCUGCUGAUGGUGGCGCUUACAAUUCGAACGUGGCAUUGGCUCAUGUUGUUAGCUGAAGUCUUCAGUCUUGCAAUUUACGUUGGGACGCUUGCGAUAUUUAGACGCACCUUUGACGAAAAAUUUCUCAUAUCAACUGAAUUUUUGUGGAAAGUGGUGGUCAUCACUUUGGUUAGUUGUUUACCGCUGUACAUUUUGAAAUAUCUCAGGCGCAAGUACGCCCCACCUAGCUAUUCAAAGCUGACAAACUAACAAUGGUGACCGAUUUGCAGCUCCUAUAGAGAUUUGACUGUCCCACAACUGAGUUAAAAUUCGCAAGAUGGACUAAAGGAUUCGGUAAUAAAUUCAAAUGACGUUUAUUGGGCUAUAGAGCAGUAUAGACAUAAGGAUAUAUUUUUGUAAAGUAAACAAUUAGAGUCACCGGAUAACGCCGGUCGAGCUAAACUAGGUCAAAGUAAGAUGGAUGAAAAGGGGAAGGCCAAGUCUUUAUUAUUUUACGAACCAGUGAGACCCCACCCCACCUCGGUUGGGUGGGUAGGGGUACACAUGAGAUUUUCAUACAUGGCCGCAUACGCUACAAUGUCGUUUGGUUGUUGCAUGAAAGAUUCAUGUGCAAGUUUUUUUGGUCAGUGUCUUUCAAACUUGACCUUAAUUUCGCAAGCUCGACAUUUGCAAAUCGGUAGGCGUCUCCUCCAUUAUUUUCCCUUUUGGUUGUCUUACCAAUAUUUGUGGUUUUCUCGACGCAGUUAUUUCUGCUCGUCCAAAUUGUGUGACGUUCCGCCCUCGAGGGGAUGCUUUUCAUUGGGGUAGGGGAGGUAACGCAGGUGAUCCAGGAUUUUCUCCUUUUUUUUUUAUUUUCUGCUUCAUCCUCGUCCCUUGUACACUCAAUUUAAAACUCAAGCUGUCACAAAACUUAUUUGUAUAUUUUUGUUGUAAAUUUCACUUAGUAAUACGAAGGUAAAUAAUCGAAAUAUUGUUGCGAAGUUGUUUAAGACUUGUGUAUCACCUUUCAAAGGCAAUCGAUGUUAGAUAGAGCGAAAUUUUGGAAUCUCUGAAUUGAAAGGAUUAGCUUGGU